AUGCUGGCUGCAUCUGGAACACGACGCCGUCUCCUGUUUAGGCGGCUGCUGGCUCACGGGCAGCUCAGUGCUCCAGUGCGGCGACCUCUAGGACCUGGUAUCCUGGGCUCAACGGCACUGUCCUGCACUGAUCAGAACAGAAGCCCAGAACCAUUUAGCUCAGCUGAGAAGAUUUACAAAGUGCCUGGCGGCUGCAAACCCUCUACAUUUGACAGGAAAAUCCUCCUGUGGACUAAACGCUUCAAGACAGAAGGUGAAAUUCCCCCAAGGAUCUCGAUGGAGAUGCUGGAUGCUGCCAGGAAUAAAGCUCGAGUCAAGGCCUGUUACAUAAUGAUUGGUCUUACCAUUGUGGCCUGCUUUGCUGUGAUUGCCUCUGCUAAAAGAGCUGCUGAACGCCACGAGACCCUCACCAGCUGGAACCUAGCAAAGAAAGCCAAGUGGCGUGAAGAAGCGGCCACAGCUGCUGAGUCCAAGGCUAAAUAGAACUGCAUGCUAUUGAAACCAAAGGGAAGGUGGGAAAAGGGAACACAAAUCAAC